AUGGAGGAACGGUCCGACAGCGAUAGGGGCCAGGUUUACUCGUGUGACACAGAGGCAACAGCAGACACGAGUAUUGCAAAUCCUUCUCUUCCCCCUGUUUUGUCUCUUCCUCUUCCUUCUUCAUCUGUGAGCAAGCACAGUCCUGCGCGUGCUGAAACAAAGUCGAAAAUCGUAAGCAUUGUUUCCUCGCCCCUUCCGAAUCCAACUGACAACCGCCUCGCUCUGAGCGAGGAUCUCCCGGCAGACGUUGAAGCGCAGGCGCAUCCAAAUGCAACGAACGAAACGACGAUCGAUCCGAGUCACACAACUUCCGUUCUAUCUUCCUCGUCUCGGGAACGAGAACUCCCUCCAGAUGCAGGGAAGCGCCUCAAAUCUGGCUACGUGCCAUACAAUCCCUACAGCCUCUCUCAGACGACGCGGCAGCUGCUCGAGUUCACAGAGCUCCCCUUCAUGAUUCUGUGGGUAUACUUGACCUACUUCAUCGUCAUUGUGGCUUUAACGGCAUCAAAGGUCAAGAAACUCGUAUGGGUCAGCGCGGUGGUCGCCGGCACCCUUGUUGGAGUUGGCCUCAACGCCAAUGCGUACCGCGCAAUCAUGUACAGGGGAUAUCCGGACGUUGGGAUGAUUGUCCGUUUCUUCCUCAUUCCUUUCGGUGUUUCCGCGCUCUCCGGAUUAACAAAUAGCCUAAGAGAGAGGUUUAUGCUGGUGUUUCCGAAGGAUCCCGUGGAACUGGUUAUUGCCGUGGCAUGCCCCACGGUUGUCGUAUGUACUCUAAUGCUGAGUCGCAUUAUCAUUUUGCGGAAACACCGCGUGCCUAUCACGCUGAGAAAUUUUCUUCUCAAUGGAAGAAUUUACUAUUAG